ACACCUGGUGAUCUCGCGGAAAAGAACCGUUGCGGGCCCCGGCGUCGCGCGGAGGUGGGGGGGAGUGGAGGCGGGAGUGAAGUAUCGCGAGAGGAGGCCGUUGCCGUAGCGGAGCCCUCCAGCUGUGUGUGUCUGAGGAGCCGCCGCCGGAGCCGCGGACGGGUUGCCGAUCCCGUUAGUGCCCUCGGCCGAGACUCACGCCGCCGUCAUGUCCCGCUACCUGCGCCCCCCCAACACGUCUCUGUUUGUCAGGAACGUGGCCGACGACACCAGGUCUGAAGAUUUACGGCGUGAAUUUGGUCGUUACGGUCCUAUAGUUGAUGUGUAUGUUCCACUUGAUUUCUACACCCGCCGUCCAAGAGGAUUUGCUUAUGUCCAAUUUGAGGAUGUUCGUGAUGCUGAAGAUGCUUUACAUAACUUGGACAGAAAAUGGAUUUGUGGACGUCAAAUUGAAAUACAGUUUGCACAAGGGGAUCGGAAGACACCAAAUCAGAUGAAAGCCAAGGAAGGGAGGAAUGUCUACAGUUCUUCACGCUAUGAUGAUUAUGACAGAUAUAGACGUUCUAGAAGCCGAAGUUACGAAAGAAGGAGAUCAAGAAGUCGGUCUUUUGAUUACAACUACAGAAGGUCUUAUAGUCCUAGAAACAGUAGACCGACUGGAAGACCACGGCGUAGCAGAAGCCAUUCCGACAAUGAUAGAUUCAAACACCAACAUCGAUCUUUUUCAAGAUCUAAAUCCAAUUCAAGAUCACGGUCCAAGUCCCAGUCCAAGAAAGAAAUGAAGGCUAAAUCACGUUCUAGGUCUGCAUCUCACACCAAAACUAGAGGCACCUCUAAAACAGAUUCCAAAACACAUUAUAAGUCUGGCUCAAGAUAUGAAAAGGAAUCAAGGAAAAAAGAACCACCUAGAUCCAAAUCUCAGUCAAGAUCACAGUCUAGGUCUAGGUCAAAAUCUAGAUCAAGGUCUUGGACUAGUCCUAAGUCCAGUGGCCACUGAUAGUAUAAACCAUGAUCAUUUUUAGGCAUGUAUCAUUCAUUUACUCAUAGUUUGGUUUACUUAAAUUAUCAGGAAUACAAUGUUGCAAUGAUGCUUAAAAAACACUUGUUAGUUUUCCCUGUACCAGGCAAUGGUUAUAAUUAAAAUGAUAUGCUGUUGAGAAGCCACUCUUAAGAGUCCAGUUUGUUUAAUGUUAUGGGCAGCUACCAAUUUGUGGUGUCUCUGUAUAUUUUUGUAAAGAUUCUCAUUUUUUAUGCUUGAAGUAUUUGGUGAAAAGAUGUUGGUUGACCAUAAUUUGCAACAUUGUCUUAUUAAAAAUAAACUCAUAUUCAUAUUUGGUAGAACUGUUAACCUAGAAAUGUAGCUUGCUAAUAAGAUAGAAUGAUACAAAAGUGAAGUUGUAGCCACAGGUACAACACUGACUGCUCAGACACAUUUAGGUUCAGGGUGGACCUUUAUGUCUUGUCAAGAUGUCUAGGCCCGUGAUAAUAGUUUAUUUAUGAUGCAGUGUGGAAUAGUUUUUUUUGUUAACCCCACUGUCUUGGGAAAAGAUGCCAGCUGGGUUACAUAGUAUUUUCAGGGAGGUUGAGUUUUUGACUGAAACAUGGAGCCUUCACUGCUUUUCUCUGAUUUCUGUGAAGAUUUGGAACAUAGAAAACAUUAGAAAAAUUCACCUUAAAAUUUGAGCAGGUCGAAAUGGCAAAAAUAAUUUUAAGGGGAAAAGAAUUUUCCUCUGUAGUUAUCCUGAAAUUUAAGGAGCAUUAUUGACCAUAAUAUUGCUUAGUUUUUUGUUUUGUUUUUUACUGCUCUUAGAAGCUAGUAAAUUGUUUCAAAGUAGGUUUUGUGUGUAUGUGUGCGUGUGUGCGCGUGCGCUCAUAGUGUAAAAAAAACAAUUUUGAUACAGCACUUUGUGUGCGUUUGUAUCAAAAUUUGCCUGCCUCUUUAUGAGGGAGGCUUACUCUUCACACAUUUUAUUUAAUGUGAGGCAAGUUGAAAGACAACACACUCAUUCUAGGUGAUUCUGUGGUGCCAUGAAAUUUAAAAUAAUUUUGGAAAAGGAUUAGUCAGUUUUCAGCAAGAGUCAUAAGUUUCUGAUUACCAAUGUAGUACCUGACUAAAAAUAAAGACGUAAUACCCUUAACCAUUUAUAAUUUCUAGUAUUUCUCUGAAAAAUCGUUUUGGGGGCAAAAGUGACUUGAUAUGUCCAAUUUCAUUUCAGAAUAAAAAGCUAGCAUCUUUAAAAAUCUCAGAUUGCUUGCUUACAGGUAUAAGUAAGAAUUAUGGAGAAACGAUUCCUUUUAGAGGAUUACUUUUUUCAAUUUUGGUUUUAGUAAUCUAGGCUUUGCCUGUAAAGAACAAAAAGAUGGUUUUUAAAUACUGUUUGUGGAAUGUGUUUAAAGGAUUGAUUCUAGAACCUUUGUACAUUUGAUAGUAUUUCUAACUUUCAUUUCUUUACUGUUUGCAGUUAAUGUUCUUGUUCUGCUAUGCAAUCAUUUAUAUGCACGUUUCUUUAAUUUUUUUAGAUUUUCCUGGAUGUAUAGUUUAAACAACAAAAAGUCUAUUUAAACUGUAGCAGUAGUUUGCAGUUCUAGCAAAGAGGAAAGUUGUGGGGUUAAACUUUGUAUUUUCUUUCUUAUAGAAGCUUCUAAAAAGGUAUUUUUAUAUGUUCUUUUUAACAAAUAUUGUGUACAACCUUUAAAACAUCAAUGUUUGGAUCAAAACAAGACCCAGCUUAUUUUCUGCUUGCUGUAAAUUAAGCAAACAUGCUAUAAUAAAAACAAAAUGAAGGAAAUAAUGAUUAACUGGAAUUAUUAUAGUAUUGAAUAUGAUUCUAAAAUAACAGUGGAACCAGUCCUUUGUAGAUUUAGGAAUAUUUUAAAUCAGUGUUGCACUAGGCACAACUAGCUUUUACUUUGGAAAUGAUAGAACUUGCCAGAAAGCUACAUCUUUUACACAGUACUUAAAGACUUCAUUACGUAAUGUCGGAGUUGUUUCAUGAUUUCUCAUUAAGCCUCGGGUUAAAUAACUUGAGGUUAUUUGCUAGUGUUAAGAUACAUAUUAAAAUCAAAUUUAGGUCAGCUAAUUAUAAGUUUAUACUUUUAGUAUUGGAUGGAUCAGAAAUUCUGCUCUCCCUCUUCCUAUAUAGGAUGAAUUGGGCCUUAUGUUUAUGGCAUGGUUUAAAAUUCUUUUUUAUUGAAUGUUGGUGAGCAGUUAAUAUUAAGUGAUAACCAUUUUGGGGAAGUAGGCUAGGUGUUUUAUGGUUUGAAUUCUAGCUACUUUAUAUGACAAUUAUAGCUGAUAAUGUAUUUUAAGUAUUUAUGAUGUGUCAAACACUUCAAAAGGCUAUGUGUUAACUCAUUUACUCUCACAAAAUCUUAUGAGAAAAAUACUUGGAAACUGAUACACAAAGAAAGGCUGUAAGAGGCCCAGCCAGGAUUUGAGUAUAGGUCUGGUCCUUAGUUUUUUAUUUUUUUGUUUUUUACAGACUAUAAUUUGAGAGAAAUAGAUUGAGGAGGUAGCUUGUUGAAAUUGUUCUGAAUCUCUGUAUAGAACUAGGGCCUAAUGUUUUCAUUUUUAUUUUUUACUUGUGUCAACUUAUUUUUAUACUCAGACUGUUUUCUUGAGAACCGUAUAUGUUGUUUCUCAAGUGAUAUGCCUAACAGCUUCAAAAGAACUAUGUUAUGGUUGAUUCCAUGAUAGUUUGGAUCCUACUGAUACUUGGAUGAGGAUCUUUACAUAGUAUUUUAAGUUUAAUUUGGGUUGCGCAGUUGAGUUCCACACUUAAAUGAGUACCUGUAUCUGGCACUGGGCUCAAUAUUAGAGUGGUUUUAUCAACACUCAUAUGAGGGCUGACACUUCACCUGUCCUUUUACUUAAGAUCUCUCUGCAUUUUUUUUUUUUCCGAAGCCAAGUAAGCAAGAAGAAAAAUGAGAGAUAAUGCUUCAGUGAGAGAGGAAAGGUGCUACAUAGAGUAUGAGCUGUUAAGUUACAACCCAGGGGAAAGACCUGGGAACUAUUGUAUUAUUCUCUUGAAAAUUUGGCCCAGUAAGCUGCUACAUCCAGUUCAACUAACAAAAUCCUGUAUACCACAAAGAAGAAUAAAGAAAACCAAACUGACAAACAUCCUUCUUUUAUUUAAGACCAAACUGCAGCUGGAAUACCCAGUACAGUUCUGCUUACUACACUUCAAGAAAGAUCUGAAAGCGGAAAAAGAACCAAAGAAGGGCAGUUCAAGCGACCAAAGGGUGGGUGGAAGGUGCUGCAGUAUGAAUACUGUACGAAUAUUUUGACUCUGGUCUGAAAAGAUAAAAGAAUGUUAUCGAAAACUACAUGGAAUAAUUGAAGUCCCUUCAAGUUUGAAAGUAAGCAUUUUAGGACAAAAGGCAAUUCAACUUUGUACUUGUGAAAACUAAUCCCUAAAUAUGAAUAGGUUUAUAUUGAUUCAUGGGUAACAGGUCCAUAAAAAAUUAUUGGAAACUAGGAUGUCUGAAUAUCAAGGAAGACAGCCAUAGUCUCUUACAGUGCCUCUAUUGGUCUGUCUCUAACUGAAUUGGGUGGGGAAAGGCAUGGUCCAGUAUAAAAGUCAGUUCCAUUUUCGCCAUUAUUGGCAAAUCUUGCCUUUGUUUAUUUUGGUGCCAGUGUUUCUGCUUAAUCGUUGCUUUGUUGGCAUCUGAGUUUAUUUACUUGCACGCCACAUGCAGUUUACAUCUUUCUCAACUACUUUCUUUGCCAGGUAAAUUCCAAUUAUACUUGACAUCCAGCUAAGAGGGCCCAUCUCUUCUCACCUCUUUCCUAGUCAGUAUGUUCAGCAAAUAUUUAUUGAGCCCUUACUGUGGGCAAAACAUUGUACUGGAUAAUUUGGGAGAAAAAUAGAUAAUUCCCUUAUUCAAUAAAUAUCUACUGAGCACAAUCUAGUGAGCCAUUACAGUAUGGCCUCGUUUUGUUUGAGGUGUAUUAUUCAUAACUAUUUUACAUCGUUCAUAAUCUUAAUGUAAUUAUGAAGCCCAGUAUAAUAUCAAAGAUAAGUAAUUUUGUGAUUCUCUGCCAUUUAAAAGUAUCCAGUAUUUUUGUUUGCAUCCCAUUAGUAAAAAUAAUGGAAAAAUGAUUUGUUUUAAUCUGUAAUAAACUGAUUUAUUGUGCAGUGACUGUAAUAUACUAGAGUUAUAUUCAAUUGUUAACUCUGCCUCAUCAAACACAUUAGCAAGUAAUCCCCAAAAUAAGUACUUAACUUUUCAUUAGAUAUAAAGGAGACUCUGGGUGCUAUAAUUAGAUUAUUUUGAGGCAGACAGAGAGUUGUUAUCCGAACUGAUCUAGUAUGUUCUGUAAUUGAGAAAAUGUUCACCAAAUUAUACUUUUUAGUGAUUUACAUGUACAUUUUAUAGGGGACAUGUUCUGUGUAUAGUGAAUAAAUAACUUUUAUAGUAUCACAAA